AUGUACAAACAUUCAUACCGAGAGCUGAUCAGCAAGCUCCCAGUCUCUCAAAAAGAUGUCGACUACUUCGCUAAGAUGCCGUUUGCCCGCCCUUACUUGGAUAAGUCUAGUUCCUACCAGCCGGUACCUUUCGUCACGAGAUACGAUAAAGGAGACUUGUCCGACAAAUUCUUCAACAAAGCGAUCAACUCGAUCGACACUAUUCCACGGGUCUUAGCUUUAAUGCGAAAGGAAUAUCCCCUACAAAACCUACCAACUACCGAAGGCUCUGACCAAUCGCAAGGCCUAGAGGAGCCACAUUUUGUUGCCUUUUGCCAACUUGAAUCGGGGGUGAGCGGCUACAUCAACACCACCCAUGGAGGAGUUCUGGCAGCUUUGUUAGACGAGACACUUGGUCUUUGCGCCGAGACCUACCGCAUUUUCGUCUCAGAUAAAGAUGAGCAUCUACUUACGGCUAGACUCGAGGUCUCCUACCACUCCCCCGUGCCUACUCCGAGUGUAAUCGUCAUCAAAACAUGGGUGAAGAGGAAGAAAGAUAGGAAAUGGUUCCUUGAGGCACAUAUUCUGGACCAUGAAGGUUCACUGAAAGCGACGGCGAAAUCUCUCUAUAUCCGGCUACAAUCUCCCUUGUAG